UUUGAAUAAGCCGGUUGUGUCGCUGGUUCGGUUCGAGUUUAGAGCUCUUUCGCCUGGUUCGUUUGUUAUUGUUUGUGUGUGAAAGUAGCGGCGUGCAGCAGAAGCGAAUUGCAUAAAUUGGGAAGCCGAAGCCUUUAUACAUACUACACUACCUGGUGAUUUUCGAAUUUCUUCCAUCGUUCGGGUGUGCGAAAAAGAUAAGUGUGUUUUCCAACGGAUGACGCACAAAUAAAUGCGUUUUGGCCAUGUCUAUGUCCUUAAUUUCGAGAGGCACGCCCACGCCACGCGAGUGCAGAGAUACAGAUACGAAUCCAGCGGAUAGUGCUAAUAAAGAUACAUGGCCGCAAUGGGAUUAGCCGAUUUCGAGCUGAGUUGAGAUAACGAAAAGAAAGAAAUUAAAAUAUCACAUGCUGCAAGUGUGUAACUUUCGGUGUACGUAUUUCAAAACAAAUGCAGUUUGUGUAAAAUAACGUAAGCAAAACAAUAGUAAACCGUAUUAUGGCAUUGACUAUGAAUAUGGUGUUUCUCAAGGAUUUACGUUCGCGCCUCAAGGGAUAUCUACACGGCGAAUACAUAAAGCAUCCCGUUCUGUACGAACUCAGUCACAAAUAUGGUUUCACAGAGAAUUUGCCCGAAAGCUGUAUGUCCAUACGGCUGGAGGAGAUCAAGGAGGCCAUUCGGCGGGAGAUCCGGAAGGAGCUGAAGAUCAAGGAGGGCGCCGAGAAGCUGCGCGAGGUGGCCAAGGACCGGCGGUCCCUCAGCGAUGUGGCCGUUCUUGUGAAGAAGAGCAAAAGCAAACUGGCCGAGCUGAAGUCCGAGUUGCAGGAGCUCGAGAGUCAAAUCCUCCUGACAUCGGCCAACACCGCCGUCAAUAGCAAUGGACAAGAAUCGAUAACUGCAUGCAUCGAUCCCAAUGGCGGUUUCUUGGUCAGCGGAGCGGUUGGCGGCCUGGGCGGCGGAAACACGGCUCUCGAUGGCGGCGCACCAGCCACCGCCAAUGACAAAGUGCUCGCCUCGCUGGAGAAGCAACUGCAGAUCGAGAUGAAGGUGAAGACCGGGGCGGAGAACAUGAUCCAGUCGCUGGGCAUUGGCUGCGACAAGAAGCUGCUGGCGGAAGCCCACCAGAUGCUGGCCGAUUCGAAGGCCAAGAUUGAGUUUUUGCGCCUGCGCAUCAUCAAGGUGAAACAGAAUCGCGAGCAGGCCGAUCGACUGAAGGCCUCCCGCCAGAUGAUCGACGAGCAUGGACAGACGAUUGGUGGCACCAAUAGCCAGCCGGCGAGCCUGGAGACGACGCUCGAGGAGCGGAUCGAGGAGCUGCGUCAUCGACUGCGGAUCGAGGCGGCCGUCGUCGAUGGGGCCAAGAAUGUGAUCCGCACGCUGCAGACGGCGAAUCGGGCACCGGACAAGAAGGCGCUGCAAGAGGCCCAUGGACGUUUGUCGGAGUCGUCGCGAAAACUAGAUCUCUUGCGCUACUCCCUGGAGCUACGUCGCCAGGAGCUGCCCGUCGAUUCGCCCGCCGCCCAGCUAUUAAAAACGGAGCUGCAGAUCGUCCAGCAAUCGACAUCCCCCGCUCCCGUCACCUACACGUCACUGCAAACCGGCCAGGGAGGAUUACUUGGUGGGAAGCCCUACCAGUCGGUAUCCUCUCUAGGACGAUGUGCCAGUGUCACCGGAAAACUAGAGGUUCGCCUACUGGGAUGCCAAGAUCUCCUAGAAGAUGUGCCCGGCAGAUCACGAAGGGACAAGGAUAACAACUCCAGUCCCGGUGAUUUGAGGAGCUUCGUCAAGGGCGUCACCUCGCGCAGCAGUUCGAAGAGCUAUUCGGUUAAGGAUGAGACCUCCAUCGAGAUCAUGGCAGCCAUCAAGCUGGACAACAUCACCGUGGGCCAGACAUCGUGGAAGCCAUGUUCGCAGCAGGCCUGGGAUCAGCGCUUCUCCAUCGAUCUAGACCGUUCGCGUGAACUGGAGAUCGGAGUUUACUGGCGCGACUGGCGGUCCCUGUGCGCCGUGAAGGUGCUGCGCCUGGAGGAGUUCAUUGAUGAUGUACGACAUGGCAUGGCGCUGCAGCUUGAACCGCAGGGACUACUCUUCGCGGAGGUCAAGUUCUUGAACCCCAUGAUUUCGCAGAAGCCCAAGCUGCGGCGACAGCGUAUGAUCUUCAACAGGCAGCAGGCGAAAAACAUCUCGCGGGCCAAGCAAAUGAACAUCAAUGUGGCCACCUGGGGCCGUCUGCUCAAGCGAAAUGCUCCGAAUCAUGUGCACAUGGGAUCGGUGGGAUCUGCAUCUUCCAUAACAGGUGCCUCUCCCAUGGUGGUCGGUGGAUCCCGAGAUUCCGAGUCGCCGAUUUCGAGGACUCCCUCCUCCGAUGCGCUCGUGGAACCGGAGCCCUACACUCCAGGAGAGCAGGCCCAGAACCUGGAAUUCGAUCCGGACGCAGGAAUACACGAACACGUAGAGACGCCGGGUGAAUAUCCGGAUCCGGCGGCCAGUGGUCUGAGUGGAAUGCGUCCCCUGUCCAUGCAUAUGCAGGGUAUCAGUGUGUUGCCCCCGGAUUCGCCACCCGUGGCCGCAGGAGCAACCGGAAGGCCCAACACGCUUAGCUUACAGAUGCCGGGAGUUAGUAAAGGACAGAGCAUCCAGGGCGGACGCACUGCAGCACCCACAACGGCGCCACCACCACCACCCGUGCUCAAGUCAGCCUCGACCACUCCGAUUCUGGAUCAGGAGGCCCGCAUUAGUCUUGUACAUAUUACUCUCGAACCGAUCAAUGCCAGCCGGACGACCAGUUGCCUGAUCGAGGAGGUGGCCGAGCCGGAUUCACAGCCGGAGAUUAAGCCGGUGGCGCAGUCUAAGAAAGUAUCCGAAGCUUGUGUUGAAAGUAUUCUCCUCGAGACAGUUGAAAAGUUAGAAACCGAAGACCAAGUGCAGCAGGUUAUACCACAGCUGGGCAAGCUCUACGUGGGCGGCAGCCAGCAGCAGUAUGUGCAGCAGUCCUCGCCCAUCAUCCAGGAGCCUCCCACUCCGACUAUCUACGGAAACAGCGCGGCCGCUGGUGCUCCCCAAUUCCCGCAGCCCGCCCAGAGGCAGGAGAAGCAGCCAGCACAGCAGCAGCAGCAGCCCAUCUAUGCCAACCAGUAUGAGCUGAAUGUGGCCAAGGCGGCGGCGGCAGCGGCUUCAGUUUACUCACCCAGCUCCUCCACCAACAGCAACUCCAAUCAGCAACAGCAGCAGCAGCAGCACCGGAGGAACGUGGCCCGUGGCCUGCAGUAUCGGGAAUCCGGAGGAAUCGAGGCCGGCAGAGCUGGCAAGCAGCCUCCCAAUGCCGGCAUGCUGUCCAUGGACAACUUCCGUUUGCUAAGCGUCCUGGGACGCGGGCACUUUGGCAAGGUGAUCCUGUCGCAGCUACGCAGCAACAACCAGUACUACGCCAUUAAGGCGCUGAAGAAGGGCGACAUCAUCGCCCGCGACGAGGUGGAGUCGCUGCUCAGCGAGAAGCGCAUUUUCGAGGUGGCCAAUGCCAUGCGCCAUCCCUUCUUAGUCAACUUGUACUCGUGCUUCCAGACUGAGCAACACGUAUGCUUUGUAAUGGAGUACGCCGCCGGCGGAGAUUUGAUGAUGCACAUCCACACGGACGUGUUCCUAGAGCCGAGAGCUGUCUUCUAUGCCGCCUGUGUGGUUUUGGGCCUGCAGUAUCUGCACGAGAACAAGAUCAUCUAUCGGGAUCUGAAGCUUGACAACCUGUUGUUGGACACGGAUGGCUAUGUGAAGAUUGCGGACUUUGGGCUGUGCAAGGAGGGCAUGGGCUUUGGUGAUCGCACGGGCACUUUCUGUGGCACGCCCGAGUUUUUGGCACCCGAAGUGCUCACGGAAACGUCAUACACACGAGCUGUGGAUUGGUGGGGUCUGGGUGUGCUGAUCUUUGAGAUGUUGGUCGGUGAGUCCCCAUUCCCUGGUGACGACGAGGAAGAGGUAUUCGAUUCAAUUGUCAACGAUGAGGUGCGCUAUCCGCGCUUCCUCUCACUCGAGGCCAUAGCCGUGAUGCGUAGGCUACUGCGCAAGAAUCCGGAGAGGCGUCUGGGAUCCUCGGAACGCGAUGCGGAGGAUGUUAAGAAGCAGGCAUUCUUCCGUUCGAUUGUGUGGGAUGAUCUGCUGCUGCGAAAGGUCAAACCCCCCUUCGUGCCCACCAUUAACCACUUGGAGGAUGUGUCGAACUUCGACGAGGAGUUCACGUCGGAGAAGGCGCAGCUAACGCCGCCGAAGGAGCCGCGCCACCUGUCCGAGGAGGAGCAGGUGCUCUUCCAGGACUUUUCUUACACGGCCGAAUGGUGUUAGGAACUUGUUGUUAGUUCAAGGGUUCACCAAUGGGCCUAGCCCGAUCGUUAUAGCCUUUGUCUUUUGCUUUUACAUGUGUACGAAGUUGGUUUUGAGUAGUUGUACUUGGUUUAGUCGAUGUGAGUUCAAUAUUUAUACAUGAAGACAUUAUAAUGAUCAUGCAGAUACAGGACGUAUAUAUUUAUAAACACUAACUAUGUAGAAAAUCUAUCUAUUAAUGAGAGAACUUUUGAGUGUUGCUCACUGGCCGAGAGACCAACAGAAACCAAAUUACCUAGUUGACCACACCUUUUGGCAAGGCAAUCAUCCAUCCAGCCAGUUCAAAUCACAGUCGCCCACAUGAUCGUAGCAUUGUACAGCAAAUAGAGUCGUUUCUUUUCCUAAUACGAGAACGCAUUGAAUAGUCUGACAAACCCUAGGAAAGCCUUAAACGCAAAGUUGUAGUUUUGGACAGUUUUUUCGCAAGACCGGAUCUAAAUAGAUUUUAUAGAUGAGAGAGGAGGUAUGUUUACACCCCAGAGCAACCAUUGCAACAUAUUUUCAUAAUCGACAUACAAGAACAAAGGAUAUAUUUUAUACAUAUAUUGCAUGCACAUCCCAGGAAUCGUCUUGCUAAACGAGCUCAUCUUCUAUACGACAUAUUAAUCUAGAAAAGUGAGAGAAGAAGUAAUAUAUUUACAGUUUUAACAUGUAAGCUCUGUAAAUUGCCUUGCGCUUUUAUCAACUCCCCAGCCCAUUGCCCGAGUUGUGUUAUAAUUUUAACAUAUUUUUUACGUCAUAUACACACGCGAACAUUUGUUAUUUAUUAUUAUUAUACCUAUUAUACAAGAAACUGUAUUGCUUUGAGCAUUUUUAUUCGACGGUAGAUUGAUGUUUGUAAACGAUUUGCUUGUAUGCGCGGUACGCUUUAAACCAGAUAAAAGGAUACAAAAAACAAAAUACCGCUCGACUCGAUGAGUUUCGGAGCUCCCGUUGACAGAUGGCAUGCAAUCGGAUCGUUGUACUCUUCAGAUCUACGCUAUAUUUAAUGUAAUUUUUUAGUUCUAUUUAAGCUUGUAAUAAUCGAUAUUUGAAACGUAGUCUAAGCUAUCAUUAUGUGAAGAUAACUAUUGAUAAUUACAAUUAUGAUAACGAUUGUGCACCCCUCAUGCGAAUCGAAACGAGUAUAAACAAU